AUGAAGAACAAGGAGAAAUUUGUGAAGGAUUUUAUUCAGGCCCAUAACAAGCUCAGAACUGAUCCACAGUCCUUUAUCCCUAUCCUUGAGGACUACAUCAGUAGAUUCGAAGGGACCCUACUCAAGAGGCCUGGGAGGGCUAACCUCAGGACAAAUGAAGGAAUUCCGGCAUUCGAAGAAGCACUUGAGUACCUCAAGACUCAGGAGCCAGUCUGAGAGCAGACUUAUUCAGAAUGUCUCUCAGUCGUGGCUAAAGGCCAUGCUCAAGAUCUAGGUGAGAACAAUAUAACCGGACAUUAUGGGAGCAAAGGAAGCACCAUGCAAGAAAGAAUUGAGAAGAUUUGACGAUGGGAGGUUUCCAUUGGAGAGAAUAUAUCAUACAAUUGUCAUGAAGGCCUCGAGACUGUAGUCAUGCUCCUGGUCGAUGAUGGAGUACCAGAUAGAAGCCAUAGGAUUAAUAUCUUUAAGCCUAAAUAUGAGUGACUAGGAAUUGGUAUUUAUAAACACCCUAAGUGGAAAAAUAGUGUUGUGAUAAAUUAUGCAGGUGAAGCUUAUUUCUUAAAGAAACCUUGCAAGAGCAGUAAAGUUAAGAAGUCUGCUAUUCUUUCAUCUGGAUCAGCAGUCGAAGAAACUAAGGAAGAGGCUAAGAAAGUGUCAAAGGGUAAAAAGAGACUUAGAAUGGUUUCAAAAUCUCCUAUUUCUAGACCAGCACAAAGAAAAUUGCUUAAGUGUACAAAGCCAAGUACCAAAAAGUCAAAAAUAUCGAAGCCAAAAGUCACAUCUAAGCCUUAAGUACGAAUCAUCCACAGU